GGAAUAGAAGAUGAACUCAGCUGAAUUCGGUGAAGAUGUAGAAGAAGUUCUUAAAAAUAACACUGUGAAGGUGGAGACGGAGGCUGAAGAUGCUGCCCUGGACUGCUCACUGAAUUCCAAGCCUUCAGAGAAGCACCCUCUGGACAGCGUCUUUGCCGCCCUCCAGGACUCCAGCAAACGAAAGCAGCCAGGCAGCGAGGGCCAGCCAGAUUCUGUCCCCAGCGUGAAGAGGAGGCGGCUGAUACCUGAGGCACUCCUCGCAGGCAUGCGGAACCGCGAAAAUAGCUCGCCCUGCCAGGGCAACGGAGAGCAGGCCGGCCGAGGCAGGAAUGUGGGCUCCGUGUGGCCGGGGGAGGAGGAGCCCUGCAACGAUACCACCACCCCUUCCUACAAGAAGCCUCUCUAUGGCAUUUCGCACAAGAUCAUGGAGAAGAAGAACCCUCCCGUGGGGGACCUGCUCAACACCUAUGAGCUCUUCGAGAAGGCCAACGCCAGCAACAGUCCCUCCCCUCUGCGCCUGCUGAACGACCCUCAGAAACGGGACUGUGGCGGGGCAUCAGGAACAGCCACUGACGGCGACCCCAACAUCUACUUUCUGAUCCAGAAGAUGUUCUACAUGCUCAACACUCUCACUUCCAACAUGUCCCAGCUGCACAGCAAGGUGGACUUGCUCUCCCUGGAAGUGAGCCGCAUCAAGAAGCAGGUGAGCCCCUCCGAGCUGGUGGCCAAAUUCCAGCCACCCCCCGAGUACCAGCUCACCGCUGCUGAGCUCAAGCAGAUUGUGGACCAGAGCCUAUCAGGCGGGGACCUGGCCUGCCGUCUGCUGGUACAGCUCUUCCCCGAGCUCUUCAGCGACGUGGACUUCUCCCGCGGCUGCAGCGCUUGCGGCUUUGCAGCCAAGCGGAAGCUGGAGUCGCUGCACCUGCAGCUCAUCCGCAACUACGUGGAAGUCUACUACCCGUCAGUGAAGGACACUGCUGUGUGGCAGGCUGAGUGCUUGCCGCAGCUGAACGACUUCUUCAGCCGCUUCUGGGCCCAGCGGGAAAUGGAGGACAGCCAGCCAGGAGGCCAGGUCACCAGCUUCUUUGAAACUGAGCAGGUGGACGCCGGCCACUUCCUGGACAGCAAGGACCAGGAGGAGGCCCUGUCUCUGGACCGCAGCAGCACCAUCGCCUCAGAUCACGUGGUGGACACGCAGGACCUCACCGAGUUUCUGGAUGAAGCCUCUUCGCCGGGUGAGUUCGCCGUCUUCCUCCUCCACCGGGUCUUCCCCGAGCUCUUCGACCACCGGAAGCUGGGCGAGCAGUACAGCUGCUAUGGCGACGGUGGCAAGCAGGAGCUGGACCCGCAGAGGCUGCAGAUCAUCCGCAACUACACGGAGAUCUACUUUCCCGACAUGCAGGAAGAGGAGGCCUGGCUGCAGCAGUGCGCGCAGCGCAUCAACGACGAGUUGGAGGGCCUGGGGCUGGAGGGCGGCAGCGAGGGCGAGACGCCGCGGGAUGACUGCUACGACUCCUCCAGCCUGCCCGAUGACCUCUCCGUGGUCAAGGUGGAGGACAGCUUCGAGGGUGAGAGGCCGGGCAGGCGCUCCAAGAAGAUCUGGCUAGUGCCCAUUGACUUUGACAAGCUGGAGAUUCCGCAGCCGGACUUCGAGGUGCCAGGCGCCGACUGUCUGCUCAGCAAGGAGCAGCUGCGCAGCAUCUACGAGAGCAGCCUGUCCAUUGGCAACUUCGCCUCCCGCCUGCUGGUGCACCUCUUCCCGGAGCUCUUCACCCACGAGAACCUACGCAAGCAGUACAACUGCAGCGGCUCCCUGGGCAAGAAGCAGCUGGACCCCGCCCGCAUCAAGCUGAUCCGCCACUACGUGCAGCUGCUCUACCCCCGGGCCAAAAAUGACCGCGUCUGGACUCUGGAGUUCGUGGGCAAGCUGGACGAGCGCUGCAGGCGCCGGGACACGGAGCAGAGGCGCUCCUACCAGCAGCAGCGCAAGGUCCACGUGCCAGGCCCUGAGUGCAGAGACCUGGCAAGCUAUGCAAUCAACCCCGAGAGGUUCCGAGAGGAGUUUGAGGGGCCCCCUUUGCCCCCCGAAAGGAGCAGCAAGGACUUCUGCAAGAUCCCCCUGGACGAGCUGGUGGUCCCCUCACCCGACUUCCCGGUGCCUUCUCCCUACCUGUUGUCGGACAAGGAGGUGCGCGAGAUCGUGCAGCAGAGCCUCUCCGUGGGCAACUUUGCCGCCCGGCUCCUCGUCAGGCUCUUCCCCGAACUCUUCACCGCCGAGAACCUGCGGCUGCAGUACAACCAUUCAGGGGCUUGCAACAAGAAGCAGCUGGACCCCACGCGACUGCGGCUCAUCCGCCAUUAUGUGGAGGCCGUGUACCCCGUGGAGAAGAUGGAGGAGGUGUGGCAUUAUGAAUGUAUCCCCAGCAUCGACGAGCGGUGUCGCCGUCCCAACAGGAAAAAAUGCGACAUCCUCAAGAAAGCCAAGAAAGUGGAGAAGUGACGGGCCUGUGGGCUGCCCAGAGACUUGGGUUAUGAAAGGCUGAGCGAUGGGCACCCUUGGGACCGAGUCACUUUGGAACAUGUGUAUGGUAUCCACAGACA